AUGAAGCCAGCGCAACAUCUGUUAGCCUCUAGUAAGAAAUGGGCAAAUGUUCCAGAAUUCACCUACCAAAAAGGACUAUUUAAUUUACCAUUGUCACCUAAACCGAAGGAAAAACGUAGUGCAAAAUUUGUACGUGAUAAACUUGAACCAAUGGUCUUAGGAUCUCCACCAACAGGGGAAUCCAUUGUAAGGUAUGCUUUGCCCAUUCCAUCAAAUAAAACAAAGGAGUUAAUAGCAGAAGAUGAAUUGAUCAGGAAAAUUACCAAACAUCUGAAGAUGAUUGUUUCUACUUUGGAAGAAACCUAUGGAUUUGACAUUCAAAAUAGAGAAAAAUUAGUUGUGAAGCCUGAAAAUGAAGAAUCAACUUUUUCGGUUGGGGAUGAUCUGAAUUCAUUCUUGGUAUGUUGUUCACAAUUUGCAGCUCAGUUGGAAGCAGCAGCUAAGGAAGAACGUAAUAUUUUGGAAUCUCUUUUUAAGUGGUUUCAGCGACAGGUCAAUCAUAUGGAAGAGAUAAGUAAAGAUCAAACCUUUUUAGAGGCAGAGUGUCCAACUCCUGACCAAACAGUCACUUUAAGCAUUGCACAAGUAGUAAAGCAAGUGCAAAAACUAGAAGAACUGAAAAAUCUCCUUCAACAACGGACUAAAUGCUCAAGAGCCCCAUUGUCUAAAGCCAAGGAUACUGAAAAUUCACCAGGAACAGUACAUAGUAAUGAAGUUGUACAGCAGAAAAUUGAAGAAUUCAUAAAAACUCACUCAACUGAAGAAUUUAGAGAUGUUUCUGCAACUGAUCCACAAACUACAUUUUCACUGAUGAAUCGAUUGAAUGUCAUGUUGAAAAUAUUUGAAAAACAGUCAAAUAUGUUGGAGAGAGCUGUGAGUGAUCAAAGUUUGUUAGAAGCUAAAUACAAACAAAUGGAAAGUAACUUUCAAGUGUUAUUAGAGGAGAAAUUAGGGCUGGAAAGUGAACUACAGAAGUUAAAGAAUCCUGAGAAAACAAAGUCUACAUACAAUAGGACAAAGAAAACUGUAAAAACUGAGAAGAAAAAAGACAAAGGAAAACCCGAGGAUUCAGAAGAGAAGAAGUCUCUAGUCAGAGAUCUUAAAAGAAAAGGAGAUUUUCUUGAAGUCCAAAAAGUAGCACAUGCUCUGGAAAUUGAGAACAAAGUCCUUCAGGAACAAUUGAAACAGGCUUUCCAGGAAGCUGAAAGAGCUAAGCAUCAACUUGACUAUUUCCUAAAUCAAGGGAAAGAAUCACUUAAAAGUGAAGGGAAGACCAAGACAAAAAUGGAAAUGGGUAUUAGUAAAAUAAAAGUUGAAGAUUCAAAAGAUAUACCAUUGAAGAGAGGAACAAAGAAACCAGUAGUUACAGAUUCAGGUGGACAAAAGACAAGUUCUAAACUCCAAGAACAUCUACAGUGGAUUCAGAAGCUCUUUCUUGAACAUUCAGAUUUAUUAAUCUAUGCCUUGGAAGAAAAUAACAGUGUAUACAUAAGCAAUUUUAUUGACAAAUUGAAUACAGAAGCAAAGUUUUUAGAAAUGCAGGUUUCUGUGAACUGGCUUAAGGGAGUCCUGCUCUACACGGUCAUUCAGGCAUAUUGGCAUAUGGAGUUUUUGCCAUCUGACAUUGACUUUCUGGGCCACAUUGGGCGUAGAAAUCCAGCUAUUAGAGAAGAAGAUAGAAAACCAAAUAUGAGUCAGUUUUCACUGACCAGGCUGGCGGUGUGCUCAGAGAAGAAAAGAGCUAGCUCUGCUAUUUCAGAUCUUUCACAGAUCCUAAAGUCUCAAGAUGGAUCAGCUUUUUUAAGGAAUUCAAGUGAAGUUUCAGUUGAUAAAGACCUAUCCCAUAUACUUCCAUUAAAGACCCAUGAUAAAUCAUUAACAAGACUAUUAUCAAAGGAAGAGAUUGAAGAUUUACUGUCUGCCAAAACAUCACUUCAAGGGAAUGAAACAGCAACAGCAUCAUUCAUUUCACCUCCUGCUCUUACCAAAAGAAAGCCAAUGGAGAGUGACAUUUCAAAGUCCCAUCUGCCUGACCUCCGGCUGGCUUCGAGCUCACCGAGUCUGCGACCGUUUCAAGCUCAGGAUAAAGUACCUGAUGAAAAUAUUGGACUUGAGGAUGAAGCAGUAUCAAGCACACUCAUGCAGAUGUUUCAACAAAGAACUUCUAGAAUGAAUAGACGCAAUGCAUUUCUUGUAGCUCAGCAAAAGGAUAUGGUAUCUACUGCAAAUCAGUUGCCUGGGGGCAUGGCUUUAAUUUUAAGAAGCCUAUCUCAAGAUACGAAUCUUAAAUCUACUGGAAGUGAGAGCUUUGAUACUCAUGAUGAUGUACCAGACAAAAACCUUAUGUUAAAGCAUGAGGACUCAAAGUCAAAAACAGAAAUGCAAGUAAAGAAACAAAGAACUACCCAAAAUGAAAAACUUAUUACUCACAAUAAAGUACCAGAAAAUUUUAUGCUUGAGCCUCAAGAUUCAAUGUCAAAAACCCAUCUGCAAGUAAAGAAAAAAAGAACUUCUAAAGGGGAAAGAGUCAGUAUUCAGGAUGAAGUAACAGAUGAAAAUCAUAUGCUUCAGCAUCAAGACUCAAUAUCAAAAUCAGAAAUUCAAGGGAAGAAACAAAGAACUCACAAAAGGGAAAGACUUAGUACUCAUGAUGAUGUGCCAGACAAAAAUCUUAUGCUUAAGUACCAAGAUUCAGUGUCAAAACAUCAAAUACAAGUGCAGAAACAAGUGACUUCCAGAGAGAAAAAACACAUGACCUUUGAUGAAGAACAAGAUGAAAAUCUUAUGCUUAAACAUCAAGGCUCAGUGUUAGAAACCCAAGUACAAAAAACUUCCAUGGAGGAAAUACUCAGUACUCAUUUUGGAGUACCAGAUGAAAAUCUGUUGCUUGUGAGUCAAGAUUCAGUGUCAAAGCCUCAAGUGCAAGUAGAGAAAAAAAUAACUCACAAAAGGAAAAGACGCCAUACUUAUUUUGGUGUACCAGAUGAAAAUCCAGAUGUAAAUCCAGAGUCAGCAUCAAAAUUCCAAGUGCAAGUAAAGAAAGAAAGAACUUCCAAAGAGGGGAGACGCAAAACAUUUCCUCUUGAAAAGCAAGAUAAUUAUAUGAUAUCACAUGAAAACAUAUUUCCUGAGGAGAAAGUUUUAUUUUCAAGAAACCAGUUUCAAACUAAGAAGGAAGCUACCAGAAACAUAAAUCUUGAUAUUAAAAAUGAAGCAGCCUCAGAACUUUCAGAUACAGCAGAUCAUCCAGCAUUAUAUCCAUCAAUUAGUGAUAUAAUACAUCAAUUAGAUUUAAACAAAGUCAUAGAAACUAAUAUAGAACACUUGAAAGGUGUUAAUGGAACACGUAUAUUGCUGAAGGAAAUGAAGAUACAAUCAAAAAAUCUCCCUGAGACUGAUGUAGAACAGUUGACAUAUACUGCUGGAGGAGAAAAAAUAACUGGUGAAAUCAGUACAGAAUUUAAAAGUCACCCUGGGCAGCAUACUUCUGUGCAAAGAGAGCCCUUUUCAUCCCAAGAUAUCUCCUGUGGGAAAAAGUGGUUGUUUAAAAACAAAAAUAAGUUUUCAAACCAACAAGAUUUAGUUCCGAAGAACAUCUCAAUGAGUAAAUUCCCAACAAAAGUGAUCAAUUUAUCACCUUUUGACAGUCAAGAAGAACCUUAUGAGUACACUUCACCCCAUGUGAUUGAACCUCCAAAAGCAAAUCAUAGAACCUCUAGGGCUGGGUCAACCAUUUAUAAAUCCAUCCAGCUUCCUUCAUUGAAUAAAAAACCUUCAGAUUAA